AUGGACCGCAGAAAACGCCAGUACUCUUCCCACACCCGCUCACUCGCUUCUUCCGCCUCGCAUCCUCGUCGGCGCCCUCGCUCCUCCCCUUACUUGGCCGAGGACAUCGAGAAUGGUAUCGUCGUUUCGCUACUCCCCUCCCUUCCUCAGGGCGGGCGAACCACCGUGAGAGACGCCGUACACGAUGUUUCCAUUCGCUCUUCCCCUUCGCCUCAGCAUCUCCCUGUCACGGCAACAAAUCGUCACCGUACAAGCCAUUCAUCGCCAUCCUGCAAUGCUACUCGGUCUUUCGGCCUUGGUGCUGUGUCUCACCGGAUCGAUGGUGUCCGCCAGAUUGCUGGUCGCAUCCGCUGA